GCCAUCACACCUUCAAAAUCUAACCAUUGAGAUGCAACCUCGGAUUGGCUUUAAUGACUUUCGAGUACUCGCAAGUACACUCAAGGCCGAUACGGCUAUAAACACGUUGAACUUGAGGGGUAAAUCAAUUGGAGAUGAAGGACUUCUGGCACUGUCAGAGGCACCCAAGGCCAACACAUGUUUGGCUACUUUGAACCUGCGGAACAAUUGGGAAUGAAGGAGUAAUGGCACUAUCAGAGGCACUCAAGACUAACGGGGCUUUGACCACGCUGAAUUUGAUGAGCAAUUCAGUCGGGCAUGAAGGAGCUCAUGCACUGUUAGAGGCGCUCAAGGUUAACACUACCUUGACCAUUUUGGAUUUGGAGUACGAUUCACUUGGAAAGGAAGGGGUUCUGUUGCUGUCUAAGACAAACACGACUUUAGCUGAUUUGGACUUUACCUCCAAGUCAAUUGGGAUGAAGGGGCUAAUGCAAUUGCAGAGGCGCUCAAGACUAAUACAACCAUGCUUGCUUUGGACUUGGGGCUCAAUUCAAUUGAGAGUGAAGGAGCUCCUGCACUCUCAGAGGCACUCAAGGCUAACACUACCUUGAUUUCUUUAUGCUUGUGGAAGAACCCAAUUGGGAAGGAAGGAGCUCUUGCAUUGUCAAAGGCAUUCAGAGGUAACACUUCCUUGG